AAUGAUAAAUAUGACGGACUUGAACGUAACGUAAUGAACGAUUACGGUAAUUGAUAUAUAUGGAGCUAUCUCAGCCGAUCAACUUAUCACGAAAUGACUGGAAAUGAUACUGGCUGUCUUGGUCUAAGUUGGAUCAAAUUAUAAAGCGUAUGCGUCACCACAAAAGAUGUGCGAGUAAGGAGAUUGCGCCCCUUUAAUUUUGUGAAGGACAAUAAACACCACCAUAAAGAUGAUUAAAUUAGAAAUGCCUUCAUUUAAAGAAAUAUUAAAAGAUACUGGAGGAAACGAACAACUUCUAGAAGAGCUACUGAUUAAACUUCGACUAUGGUUGAAGCAGCAAAUUCAUCUUCCUGAAGAUAUCUCUGAAAAACGAUUAAAGUUCUACAUUUACAGUGCAAAAUUUAAUUUAGAAAAAGUUAAGAAACGCUUGGAUUUGCAUUAUACUCUUCGUAAUCUAAUUCCGGAGGUUUUCACAACUCGUGACCCAUUGGCCGACUGUGUGCUUAAAGUAAAUACAUAUAUACAAUUUGUAACCCUACCAAUAUUAACACCAGAAAAUUAUAGAAUAACUAUAAUGCGGUGGUUACAUUCCGACAGUUCUGCAUUUGAUCUAUAUGAUCUUACGAAAUAUUCCUCCAUGAUAAUGGAGACACGUAUAGAAGAAGAUAUUGUUAAUUCCGAUGUUAUAAUUUUCGAUUGUACCAAUUUCACUUUCGGUCAUGUAUUGAAGUAUACACCAGUUGCAGUAAAAAAACUCGACAUUCUUUUGGAAUCAUACGGUUCAAGAAUGAAAGCAAUAUAUGUGAUAAAUACACCAAGUUUUUUUGAUGUCUUAUUGACAGUAGUUAAAUCAGUAAUGAAGGCAAAACUUAUUAACCGAAUACAUCUUUAUACAUCCGGAAUAGAAUCAAUAUAUGGGAUUAUACCAAGAUCUCUUUUACCAGUAGAAUAUGGUGGUGAACAACCUUCACUGACUAUUUUAUCAGGUACAAUAUUCUUUACUUCUUUAAAAAUAUAUUAUAUGUGGAAAGCAAAAUUGAUAGAACGAAGAGAAUGGUUCCUGAAGGAAGAAAAAGUUAAAGUUAACGAAUCUCUCCGAUCAAAUUCUGUAAUAAACCCGGACGAUCUAUUCGGAGUUUCUGGAACAUUUCGAAAAUUAGACAUUGAUUAA